CGGUGGGGUGUUCCUUGAUGGCGACCUCCGCCCACCACCUCCAGUUAUUCGACUUUUACACCACCAUUGCCCCUCUAUAUAAACCCCCUAAACACUCCCAUACCUCCUUCAUAACUCUCUCUCUCUCUCUCUCUCUCUCUCUCUCUCUUAUCCAUACAAUUUUCUACCAAUUAAAUUCAAGAGAAAAUCCAUCCAUUUUCCUUUUUUCUGUUUCUUGUUAAGAACACAAAUCAAGUCAGCAUCACAUCGAAAGUAAAAAACCCGAAGAUGAUGUGUUUGGUUUCUAGAACUGGACGGGAUUUGCAACGUUACGACAUGGGCCGUCGACUAGUUGUCGGGUGCAUUCCGUAUAGGUUUAAAAAUGGAAACGGUGAGCUUGAAGUCCUUGUUAUCAGCUCGCAGAAGGGCCAUGCUAUGAUGUUUCCUAAGGGAGGUUGGGAGCUCGAUGAAUCUGUUGAAGAAGCCGCAUCACGGGAGUGCUUUGAAGAAGCCGGUGUCGUUGGACUAGUCGAGUGUGAAUUAGGAAAAUGGAGCUUUAAGAGCAAAAGACAAGCGAUAUACCACGAAGGAUACAUGUUUCCGAUGCUUGUUGCUGAACAACUUGAACUUUGGCCCGAGAAAAACCUCCGCCAACGAGUUUGGAUGAAAGUAGAAGAAGCAAGAGAGGUUUGCCAGAGUUGGUGGAUGAAGGAAGCUUUGGAUGUCUUCGUUGAGAGGCUCACCUCAACAACCACCUUCAUUAAACCAGAUUUAUUGAAUAAUUAAUUAGUUUUUUUUUAUUAUUAUUUAGAAAAAUAAUAUAUGUUGUUAGUUUUUUUUUUAGUUUUUGAAUUUCACUUUGAAGUAAAUAUUAAAAGUAACACAAAAUUGUCAUCAAAUGAAGAUUUGGGCAAAAUUGAAAUGAGUCACAAAAUCAAUGAAUUUUGAUUU